CGAGCUAAGGGGUUCCAAAAAAAAAACUGAGAUUUGAACGUCUCACCGUUGCCCACAAUGCACACGCUCCGAAGAUUUGACAUAAACACACUGAGACCGUGUUGUACAAAAGGACACUCAACAGCUGUUUUCAGGAGCAAGGAGUGUUUACUUGUCUGCACGCUCGGGGGUGGGGAAAAACACAACAAGAACGGCAGCAGUGUGUAUUGCUGACGGAAAGUCCACAGAGAAAUCUUCUGCCAGGAGAGGGGUACAUCAUGGCGUCUACCAGUGUCUCCAUGCCCAGCUCCUCGGAAGCAACACUGGGCUUUGACGACUACAGCCUGUACAGUAACCUGUCUGAUGAAGAGCUCCUUCAGCUGGCUAUCGAACGCAGCUUGACAGAGGGGUGCACCUCUGCGUCUGCCCCAGAACCUCCAAGGGCUCCCCAAGCAGUGGCACCCCCAGUCAGGCCACAACCGUUUAUCAGAGAGCGCCCCGCCACCUUCCGGAUCCCUGAAAAUGAGCCCGAGCCUCCGCCUUGCCCAUCCAACCCUCCCAGGGAUAUCAAACAGGAGAUCGAGGGAAGCUGGAUUAGCCACUACACCACAGGAUAUGGCAAGAGAAUGGUGGCCUACCGCCGUUUUGAUGGGACUCUCAUUAGAACAGAGCCUGAGCCAGAUGUAUUAGUAGACCCCUUGGUCAAGGCCAUAUGGGACGGAGACGCAUCAUUAGUGAGGACAUUGGUUAGAAGUCCUGAUGUAAAUCUACUACAAGCAAGUGUACACGGAUGGAUACCCAUGCAUGAGGCUGCAUAUUAUGGACAGACGGAGUGUCUCAGAGCUAUCCUGGGAGCUCAACCUGGAAUGUUGAACCUGCGCACUCUGAAAGACGAGACUGCCCUUAUGCUGGCAGUAGACAGAAAUUACCCCAGGUGCAUGGAGUGCCUCUUGGAGCGAGGCGCCGACCCUGACAUCCCAAACAAGGAGAGAGAGACCCCUCUUUUUAAAGCUUGUGAAAAAGAAAAUGAAGAGAUGGUGGCCAUCCUUCUUAACAAUAACGCUUCAGUGAACAAGCUGUGCAUCCAGAGCUGGACCGCCCUGCAUGAAACUGUGACCCACAACAAUCUGGAGAUCGCUGAAAUGCUAUUGAAAGCUGGGGCAAAAGUCAACAUAGUCAACCAGUAUGGCAUCACACCACUCUUUGUCGCCGCUCAGGCCGGACAUGUGGAUAUUCUGCGCUUACUCUUGAAACAUGGUGCGGAUAUAAACAGCCAGGCAGGAGAUGGCGCCACUGCUCUCUAUGAGGCCUGUAAGAAUGGACACGAAAAGAUUGUGGAGUUCCUCCUCUCCCAAAAGGCAGACGCCAACAAGCCUGGCAAGACUGGACUUCUUCCCAUUCAUAUUGCAGCCGAGAGGGGGUAUGAUGGGGUAAACCUGCUCUACCAGGACUCCAGCGAAUGUACCGACUCGGUUAAUAUUAUUGAGAUGCUGAUCCCUGCCACCAGUCGGCAAAGAGUCCGGCGCAGUGGCAUCAGCCCGCUCCACCUGGCUGUGGAGCGGGACCGGGACGAGGUGCUGGAGAUCCUGAUCAACGCCGGCUUCGACGUGAACGCGCAGCUGUCCGAGGACCGCUCCAGGCUGUACGAGGACCGGCGCAGCACUGCCCUCUACUUCGCCGUCUUCAACAACAACGUGGAGGCCGCGACCAUGCUGCUAGAGGCCGGCGCUGACCCCAACCUGGACGUCUUCAGUCCCGUGCUGGUCGCCAUCCGUAUGGGCGCCAUCGAGAUCUUCACCAAGCUGGUGGACUACGGAGCCAACGUCAACGCCUACAUCCCCUUCUGCCCCACCAACUUCCCAGGCACGGUCUUGUUCGCCAUGAAGUACCUGCCUAUGCUGAAGUACCUGAUGGACCAUGGCUGUGAUGCAGAGUCGUGUUUUAACUGCUCCUACGGGAACAACGUCCACCCACCCAUCAAGGUAUCGGGCGACAGUAGACGUGACCUGCGCCGGAGAUGGAUGGAAGAAGCACAGGGCAACCGUAUAGAGUUCUGUGACAUAAUCUCUACACCUGACAUUUGCCGAUGGGCAGGACCCAUUAUAGAUGUGCUUCUUGACUAUGUUGGCAACGUGAAGCUAUGCGCUAGACUCACUGAACAUCUCGAUAGCUAUAGUGGCUGGGCAAACAUCAAGGAGAAAUCAGAACCUCCCAGAACACUGAUGCACCUGUGCAGAGUGAGAGUGCGGCAUCAGAUUGGCCGUAAGAGAUUACAAACAAUCAACAAGCUUCCCAUCCCUCCAAGACUGAUCGAGUUCCUCAAGUAUGAACAACGUAAUGAGGAAAUGUACUGAGGAUCUGUGAGCAACCAGUGGACAACUGGACUGUUGUCAUUCAGUCAUAGUGAUUGGCUGCUAUUUAGCCUAUCUUACUUUGUUGGAAAGCUUUAUGCAGAGUUGAGUGUAGCUUUGUGGAAGAUGUUAAAAUGUAAAAUGGCACUGUUUUAUGUAAAAUAAUGAAAUCACCUCUAUAACAUAUAUCAGACCAUAUCAAAUGACAUAGUUAAAAAAUAGCAAGGAGAAAGAGGGUAUCUGGUUUGAAUCUGUAUUUAUAUUGCGAUGUUGGCUGAGGAUGAAUAUUUUGCAGAAAUGUAAAGAUUACCAAUAGUUGUCUGAAUGCUGAUAGUCUGUGGUUAUUCAAAUAUUGUGUUAAGUGGGACCUGUUGAUUGAUUAGUUCCAUAUAUAAAAUAAUACAGAUGUAUAUAUUUUAAAUGUAUCGUGAUUCGUGAAAUAUUGAACUGCCCAUUUUAAUCACAUACUGAUUAAAACGAGUUAAUCGUGUGGAACUACCGACCUCAAACCCCAUAAUUGCAUUUUUCAGUGUAACAGUUUUUCGAUCCCUCCAUCGUAAAUUGAUGGGUCUGGCCUAGAGACAAGCCUAGAAAUAAACGGCAUGGCUGCGAUACAAGAGCUAAGCACCAGCAUCAUCAGUUGGGUCCCUUUUGUAAGAAUUCACAGUACAUUGAUUAUUUUAGCAAGCACUUUCAUCUAAAGCAACUUACAUGUGUCAAUUAUAUUAAACGGUCCAUUGUCCUCUGAGCAUCUCAGGGUUAAGGGCCUUGCUCAAGGAGACAACAGUGGAGACCACGAAUUGAACCAACAACUUUUCAAGCUACUGAAUGUUAGCCCUACUCCUUAACCAUAUGCUAUUGCCACCCAAUAGUUAGUUAGUUAUCCACUGUGCAACCACCGCCCCUCAAUGUUGAAAACUAAGUACCAGCCCAACUAAAGAAAAUAUGCACUAUUUCCUCUCCCUGCUUCAUUUUCCAACUGGCUGUAGAUAUCCUGAUCAUAUUAGGAGAUAACUCAUGAUAUGAUAACUCUGUCACUGAAAAGUGAAGACCGCAAAAACCUACAGGGAUGCUACGGUGUUAGCCAAAAUGUUGAUGUUGUGUAUAUCAAACAAUGACUACUUUUAAGUGUGAAAUGAAAGAAUGAGCUUUCCAUCCAAUAUUUCUUAAAUAUUGUAGUUAACAUUUAUGAACCAUUGAUUAGCCUACAGCUGUAUGUUAUGUCAAGUAAUGCAAUGACUGUUAAUACAUUGUGAGUGUAUGUAUUCAUGUUAAUAACAAGUUGUUGUUAAAUUGUCAAAAUGGAAUGUGAAAUGAGCAAUGAAAAUCUCAAUUACUUUUUGUUGUGUUCGACAAUGGAUUUCGAUGGUAUUUUGAUAUAAAUUGUUCCAGAAAAAUGCUGUUUUAUUUGUACUGGUGUUUUGUCUAUUACAUUUACAAGCGUGAUAUAAUAAACAAAACCUAA